AAAAAAAACAACAAGCACUCAGCAACAAAACAAUAAACCCUGAUGUCACCCAAGAGUUUCUAUUUUGGUCCAUUCAUGAAUCCAAGGUGAUCAAUAGUCCAUCAAUCAAUAUCUGAUUGUUUUCUUUUUUUUUCCAAGAUCCAGAGCAAAUAGGUCCAGAAUGAAAAAAAUAGCUUGGUUCAUUUAAAUCCUACACUGAAAAAAUGAGAAUUGAGGGGUCUUUCAUUUUGCACAAACAAAAUAAGUUAAUACUACACAAAACAAUCAUGUCUCUUGUAUUUACACGAUUGAAUAAAGAAUAAUUUACUUAAUUAUCAACAAUAAUGAAACUACACAUUUUCUUUACGUUGGUUUAACGUAAUUAUAUUACAUUACUAAAACCAUUGUAAUCAUGUUUUAUCAUCACCGGAAAUGAUGCAAUAUAUCAAAAGACACUAUCAAAUAUGAUUGGACAAUAAUAAGAGCGGUCUUUUUAAUCUUAACCAAUCAGAAGCCAAACAAGAUAUUUGUAAAGAUAUCGCGAUUGCCGCCUAGUUUCUUCCGACUCCUCAGCGACAAGAACGUUUAAGACAAAUCUUUAGAGGAAUAUCGAUUAGGUAAGUGAUCUAAAUAUAUAUAUUUUUUGUAGUUCAGAAUGUUUCCACAUGAUUAUUGUCUUGUAUAAUAGCUCGUUGUUAAACUAUCUGCAUGUUCUUUUGUUUUCAUUUUGCUAGCUAUUCUUAUUAGUAUAGCUAAUAGCUGUAGCUAAAUACAGCAGUACAGAACAGUAUGCUAUAGUCCAUCAAAGUUGUCCACAGAAGACGGUUGUUACCGAUCAUAUUUUUAAUUUGUGUGCUGGGGAAAGAUCAACGAGGUGGUUUCAAUAGUUUCCAAGCAGUGAAAUGCCACCAGGAGAAGUGUCCGUUACUUUAUUUCCCUCAUGGCUACUGUGACGAUUUAGAACCGACUGGCUUCUCAAUGUUCUGUUCGUAUAGAAAAUGCAUGUUUUUUGUUCUUUCAUAUUAGCACUGUCAAGCAAAUGAGCCACCUCUUCUGGGAUUAUACCCUUGUGGAAACAUGAUGCACUAACAGAACCGAUAUUCGUUAUUAUGGUAACAAUUCUGCAUGUAGCGUCGCUGACAGAACGACAAAAUAAGAAUAUGAGGGAUUUUGAGUACUUCGACGGGUUUCUGGGUUAUUUUCCCUUAUCUGUGGUGCACUGCGCAACAUUAAUGAUCCCCUCCAUCUUCAUAUUUCAAUUUGCUAACGUAAUGGUUCGACUGCAUCAGCGCCGCUGUAUGGAUGCCAAGGCCAUCCAGCACAGUUCGCUGGGGGCGCAAUGGUCCAGCGCAGUGCUGGAGCACAGUAUUCGGUAUGAGUAAAAAUCCGAAUGUUUUCCAAAUUCUCAAGACUUAUGCAAAGUGUCCUUUGUAAAUAUCUACUGAUAACUGCAAUAUAUGGUAACACAUUUUUUUUUCUUUAAAAAAUUUUUUAUAUAAAUAUUCGAAAAAUAGUGUGCUAGGAACAUUUUUGACAGAUUUAUGAACCACCUGCAUCGGAACAGUACUGUUUUGUGAAUGUGACAUGCUUAUUAAUGACAGGUAGAAUGUUUGUCAUGUAGAUGUUGUUACUGUGAGCCCAACAGUCGUCUCUGGCUCGCUGUCUCUCGCCGCUCCGCAAGUGUCAGCCCCUCCAGCGGCGGCGGCGUCUGAGAGCUCACCCUUUUUUCAAUAGCUUAAGGGAAGACUCAAUGUAAAGUGUUUACAAAUUUGGGUUGUAGAAUAGAUGUAAAUUAAUUAUGGCUCCUAGAUAGGAAUUGCUUUUUUAAUUCAUUUUUGUAAGCCAAGAUGAUUUAGUAUAAAAAAACAAAUUUAAGUUUCAAAUGUGCCUUCCAAACUUUAGCACCCAUGAAUUUUAUGCUGAUGGCAGAUAUUUGUCAGGACAUUGAGUUUUGGUAAUCUGGUGAAGAGCUUAGAUUUUUUUUUCUUUUUUUUUUAUAUAUGUGAAGUUACCUGCUGGAUUUUCAGUUAUCUCACUCAAGGUUAUCUUUGUGUGUUACAGGUUUAGGUGGUGCUGGUAAUGUGGAGUUGUAAGGGGUGCUCAGAAAAAGUGUCAAGUAGGUCCAAACUUUUGCAUACAGAAGACAUGAAGUUGUUCGUGAUGCACCGAUGGUGGAGGCUUUCAUGUCAAGAUGGCCUGGUCUAUUUGACAUUAGAGAGAUAAAUGCUGAGUUUAAGAGAAUUACGACCAUACCGCUUCAUUCAAAGUUCUUCUCUCAACUGGAUCUCCACUGUGACAACCUGAGGAAGCUCUUCAAAAGAAGAGGAGGACAGCUCGGACAAAAGCUUAGACAAAUUGUUGCACAAAUGGAUGAUUGUGAAGAUGUUGAUGUUGCACGGGAGUGUGUCAUUAAGGGAGUCUGCAUAUAUAUGGGAGAAGAUCCAGCCAAGCUCAUCCAUAAAUAUGUGGGUGUGGAUGAAGCUAAUAUUGAAGAGGGUAUUGGAGCCACCACCAUCGGUGUUUUUCAUCUUAAAGACUGUUCUUCAGCAGAUGAAGACAUCGGGGUCGUUCUUGAAGGCAUCAGAGUGUUGUCCAAUUUGGAUAGUGUGCCAACAGCUGUUGCAAUGCUUUUUGGACUGAUAUAUGCAAUGAACCUCGCCUACCCUGCUGACCUCCGCUACACUUUCGAGGUAUUACAGAAAAUAGUAAUGGAACUGGAUGGAGGUAAACUGUCAAACAAGGCAUUGUCCCUUAAAAAACACCUCUAUGAGUGAAUAGAGAUUUUCUCAUGUUUAAUUUGGUAAUGUUCUCAUGUUCAGUUUUUGUAUUUCUUGUUGUAUUCUUUAUUGGAGGACACAAAUGUAUUUUUUUUAAUGAGGAACGUUCACCUGAAAGACUGGGCUUCAGCAGCUUUUACGUUCCAGUAUGUAGUGCUACUUAUAACACUACUGCUACUUAGUGUUACAAAUAUGUUAAAGAAAUUUGCUAUAAAAGUUACAUUACACUGAUUUAUUGUCAUGCAAAUUACAUGUUCAGAAUUGUUUUAGAAAUUUUACAUACUUUUCUAAAUCAUUUUGUCUUUCAUAUUAAUAUCUUAUAGAUAAACUUUUAAGAUGUAGUGUUUCCCUUGUAAAAAAAUGUUCUUGUUUUUACACAUUUGUUUAGACUAUCACUAUGGUAUUACAUAGUAAUCAGUAAGACAUGUGACAGAUAAUUGGUGUAAAAAGUUUAGCUUUGUCUCAUUUUGACAUAACAUACUGAUAGUUUUAACAAAUAUGUUAAAAAAGUCUGUAAAGCUAUGUACUGCAGCAUUAAUUAAUGUCAUUUGAAUACAUGUUCAAAAACAGUUUGUAGAAAUUUGACAUACUUUUCAUAAUCUUGUACAUCUUUUAUAGAAAUAUGUCUCAGGUUUUCCUUCAUGUUCAUAAAAAUUGUAUUUACUAAAUUUAAAAAAAUUCAUGUCUCUUCAAUUUAA